UUGGUUUGUCUAUGAACAUAACCAAUAUAACCAUGAAUUAUGUGGGAAUUUGAAAUAUCUCUUGCUGAAUACUUCAUUAAUCUAUGAAUCAAAUAUCGGUGAAUAACGGUUUGUGAAUUAUGGAUUCAAAUUAUAUAGAAAGUUACAAUGAUUUGCAGGUUCAUCAACUUAUGCUUCUCGAUUCAGCAAGAAAUCAAGCUUACCGGCAGGCAGUCUUUGACAACAAAGAUUUUAUCCAAGGAAAGAUAGUUUUAGAUAUAGGAUGUGGUACAGGUAUUCUUUCGGUAUUUUGCGCUCAAGCUGGUGCUGCUAAAGUAUAUGGUGUAGAGGCUAGUGGCAUUAAUGAGAUUGCAAAAAAUAUUGUGAAAGAGAAUAAGUUUGAAAAUAUAAUUGAAAUCAUUAAUUCCAGAAUUGAAGAUGUGACCCUACCCUCAAAAGUGGAUAUUAUAAUUUCUGAAUGGAUGGGAUUCUAUUUGUUCCAUGAAGGGAUGCUCAAAUCCAUCCUAGAGGCAAGAGAUAAGUUUUUGAAACCAGAAGGUGUGAUGUUUCCUGAGUCGGCAACUUUAUUUGCAGCACCAAUUAGUGUACCAUCUUAUUUCGAGAAAUGGAGUGAUAUAGAUGGAGUUUCAAUGAAUACAUUUGGUGAAAAAAUUAGGAUUGAAGCAUCAAAAAAACCCGUCAUAUCUGCCAUUGAACCAGAUUGUAUUCUAUCUGAUCCAGAAAUAGUAACUUGGAUUGACUUGAAAGAAAUCACUCAAGAAGAAUUGAAAUUGAUGGAGGCUGAGCAUUUAGUGGUGUGUAAUAAAUCAGGAAAAUAUCAAGGAAUAUGCUUAUGGUUUUCAUGUACAUUUCCCUCACAAGAUACUGAACCUAUAAUACUAUCGACAGGUCCUGAGGACCCCAAAACUCAUUGGAAACAAACAAUAAUAGUUCUUCCAACAGAAAUUGAAGUUGAAAAAGGUGCCCCUAUUGCUUAUAAACUAAGUUUGAAAGCAUCUGAAGAUAGUUUUAGGAAGUAUAAUUUAGAAGUUACCAUGUUGGAUUCAAAUGAGAUUCAACAUCCAGAGUAUUGUUCAUGUUAUAUGACUAAAUGCAUUGUAAUUAGAGCUAUGCUUGACAAAUAUGAGAAAGAUAAUUCAGCAAGAGCUUAAUAUUUCUAGUAAAACAUUAAUUCACUGAACAUUUAACAACAAUAUUGUUUUGUUAAUUAAUACUAUAUAUAUAUAUAUAUAUAUGAAAUAUACAAAUAUUUUUUUCA